AUGGGUUUGUCGAUUUUGGACACAGAAGGGCCAACUUUCGACCUUGAGGAGGAAUUGGCUACGCCAGAAUACAUCAUUGCUGGUAAAUUCUAUACAAGAAGGGCUUUGAAUAUGGAAGCUAUAGCUUCGACUUUUAUGCCAUUGUGGAGAUCCAGGAAUGGCUUCAAAGUCAAAAAUAUGGGAAACCACAUAGUCCUCUUCACGUUUGAUAAUAAACAUGAAGUAGACUCCAUUCUUUCAAAUGAACCUUGGAGCUUUGACAAGCACCUUUUGGUGCUGCAACGUUACGACAAGGAUGAGCCAAUUGAGGAUUUAAAAUUUAAUAGUACAACGUUUUGGGUGCAGGUACAUGACAUCCCAGUGCGGUUCAUGAACCCAAAGGUGGCGGAAGGGAUUUGUAGUACUGUGGGCACGGUUGUCCGGAAGUCUGAGACGGAGAUGAAUGGGGGGAGUUUUAUGAGGGUAAGAGUCAACGUGGAUAUCACUCGUCCACUAAGUCGAGGAAGAAUGGUAUCAGUUGGACAAGGCAGAGAAAAGUGGGUCUCUUUCAAAUAUGAGCGCCAACCUAAUAUUUGCUAUUGGUGCGGCUGUCUUAACCAUGAUGAUAGGGAUUGUGAGGUAUGGCUUGAUAGUGAAGGCUCCCUAAAAGUUGAAGAACAGAAAUUUGGUCCUUGGCUUCGUGCUCCACCUAGCAAUCUUCAGGAUGGUCCGUUGGAGAAUAAAUUAGAGAGAGAGGUAGGUGCUGUAGAGAAGAAUGAUGAGCCACCUGUAGGGGAACGGAUUGCCAGCCCACCAGGAAUUAAUCCGCAUUUACGCCCUUCCAAUAAUGACCCGGAUCAAGCUAUGAAAUCAAGGGAAUCAACGCAAAAGGAAACUUUCCUUUCUGAGAUUGCUGAAAUUGAUGAGGGGCUGUCUAAAUUAAAGGCCGGGCCAAUUACAGUAACCGACUCUUUGAAUGCUGAAGCUCCAAUCAAUGUGCACGUGCCUAGUGAGGAAGUAAAGGAGGCGGCUAGGGUUUCUCAAGUCCUAGAGAGUGUCUAUCAUGCAAACCCACGUGCAGCAACUACUGAAGUACAGAAUAUUCCAUCUCCACGGCAACAAGGGUCAUGGAAGAGGUUGAACAGAGCUGAUGGACCCAGCAAGCUGAUCGGAAAAUCCAACACUAUUGAAUCGGUGCUAUCAAGCAAAAGAGUGUAUGAGGAACUAUCCAAUCCCAAUGGUUUACCAAGCAAAAAACGCGCGGUUUCUAUUGAGAUUAUUUCUUCAAAGUUGGCGGAGGCUAAUGCUCAGCCCCGCCUUACACAAUGA